UGACUCCCGUUUCUCACUCGAGAGUCAACUUGGCUUCAAUCGCAGUGUGCCAGUGACCAACGUUUGGAGCUAACGCACUGCAAGGGGACGUAUCUCCGUCUCUAAGCCGGUUAGUAUACCCAGUCAGAAACCGAGUGUACAUAUCAAGCUUAAGGGAUCGUUGGUAUUAAUAUUUACCAUGAAGAAAUUAAAAAGGCCUACAUCCUGACGUCCACUGUGGGGUCAGUGACGGACAGACGCUGUGUCGGUGACUGACAUGGAUGCAAGUGACAUUAAGGAUGUAAAACUUUCAGCUGAAGUUGAACCGUUCAUCCCACAGACGAAAGGUCUUGAGGGAUCCCUGGUCAGCAUGAGUCUAUCUGGAGAGCCGGGAGGGGGCAACGGAGGAGUGGAAACUGCUCCCAUUCCGAGUUACCUCAUCACCUGCUACCCUUUUGUUCAAGAGAACCAACCCAACAGGCAGCAUCCAGUGUACAAUGGCGGGGAUCUGCGCUGGCAUCAGCCCAACCCUGGCCCCGGUGGUCCUUACUUGGCCUACCCAAUCAUGUCUUCCCCUCAGCCCCCUGUUUCCAAUGACUAUACCUACUACCAGAUAAUGCCUGCCCCAUGCCCACCUAUGAUGGGCUUUUACCAGCCAUUCCCUGGCACCUACGCAGGACCAGUGCAGCCUGGAGUUGUUAACCCAGUCUCGACAGAUGUUGGCGAAAGGCCUCUGCCUGUUGGGCCGGCAUAUGGGAUAGCGAAUCCCAGAGGAAGAGGCAUGGUCCGAUCUAAUAUGCCAAAGCAACAUUUAGGUGUUUGCCAGCCACAGAGGGGUCGCCGUCCCCCAAGCAGGACUUUGGCUGUGCAGAAGGAAGUCUGCAACAAUGGUUAUGAUGGUUGGACCAAGAAAGUACUACUGGUGGAUGCUGCCCAGCAGACAGAUUUUCCAGGUGAGGUAUCUGGGCGGUGUUUUGGGGAGCCUGCCAGUCCGCUACUUUGGAAGAACCGAACAAAGAGGCAACAGACAUCCAAUGCAGCUGAAAGCUACAGCGAUCAGGGAACCAGCGAAGCUGACAUUGACAGCGACAGUGGAUACUGUAGCCCCAAACAUAAACAGGCAGCAGGACUAACACAUCGAACAGUAGAGACGUCCACAUCAUGCACCGUGGUUGAGACUGGAGUAAUGACAACAGGUACAUGGGUAAAUUUCCACAGAGCAGACCAGAGGAAGAAUCCUGAACAGAGUAACUUCUCACAGGAUUUUCACAGUUCCUGUCCAGGGCGUGGUUGUCCAAACCAGUCGGAACAGAGAUUGCAGCCAGUACUGGUCACACGUGACGAGAUCACAACGGAGCCCCUUUACUUUGAAGAUGAAGAUGAGAGAGAUGAGUUCCCAGACUUACCCACUGGAAAUGGUGUCCAGCGCUGCGCCAAAGCAAACGCGCCAUCUCAGACUCAAAUGCAGCCAAAACUGUGUCGAAAUCUGCUAGAAAACGUAGCAGACAACUCCCCGAUCAGCAUUGUGCAGACACCGAUCCCCAUUACCACAUCGGUUCCCAAGAGGGCCAAAAGCCAGAGGAAGAAGGCCCUGGCUGCUGCCGUGGCCACUGCUCAGGAAUACUCGGAGAUUAGUAUGGAACAGCAGAAAUUACAGGAGGCACUCACCAAGGCAGCAGGCAAGAAGAGUAAAACUCCCGUCACGCUGGACUUAGGAGACAUGCUGGCAGAUUUGGCCAAACAGCAGCUGGCACUGAAGGCCAAACAAAUCACCAAUACCAAGCCACUAUCUUUUGCAGUUGGAACAACUAUGCCAUUCCACAGCACAGGCAGCUUGACAGAUAUGUUGAAGGGUCAUCCUCAACCUUACUUGGGCUCCCCUAACACUUUGGAUUCCACUGCUCCACGUAUAAAACGAGGGAAGGAGCGGGAGAUACCCAAAGUCAAGCGACCAACGGCUCUCAAGAAGAUUAUUCUCAAGGAGAGAGAAGGCAAAAUGGGUAAAAUAAGCUCGGCACCAGAGUUGCCUAGCCAAGAAGAGCAUAGGGAUGAUUGUUUACAUUUUACUGAAGAUCUUUCACAAGAGCCUGCCUCUCAAGAAGAAAAUGGCCUGUGUGUGCCCAGUGACACAUCCCUCUCCCCAGCCAGUCAGAACUCUCCAUACAGCAUCACCCCCGUUUCACAGGGUUCUCCUUCGAGCUCCGGCAUUGGGAGUCCAAUGGCCUCAAACGCACUCACAAUAAUCCACAGUCGACGUUUCAGAGAGUACUGUAGCCAAGUCCUAAACAAGGAGAUUGACGAGAGUGCGACACUGUUGCUACAGGAGCUGGUCCGUUUCCAAGACCGUUUCUACCACAAGGACCCCAACAAGGCCAAAUCCAAACGCCGCCUCGUCAUGGGCCUCCGGGAGGUUACCAAGCACAUGAAGUUGCGAAAGAUCAAAUGCGUCAUCAUCUCUCCUAACUGUGAAAAGAUCCAAGCCAAAGGUGGUUUGGAUGAAGCUCUGUACAAUGUAAUUGCCAUGGCCAGAGAGCAGGGGAUCCCGUUUGUGUUUGCAUUGGGCAGAAAAGCUCUCGGACGCUGCGUCAACAAACUUGUGGCCGUCAGUCUGGUUGGCAUCUUUAACUAUUCUGGAGCUGAGAGUCUAUUUGACCACCUGGUGUCACUAACAGAACAGGCCAGGCAGGCCUACAAGGACAUGGUCUCAUCUCUGGAACAAGAGCAGGCAGAGGAGGCUUUGAAACACGUUAAGAAAGUUUCGCACAUGGGACAUUCACGCAACCACUCUGCAGCUUCCGCUACGUCUUUUUGCUCAGUCAUCUCUGAGCCCAUCUCGGAGGUCAAUGAGAAGGAGUAUGAAACCAACUGGAGAAGUAUGGUUGAAACUUCAGAUGCUCCGGAGCCAGUGGAGGCCGAAAAAAGUGUCCCUUCCCCUUCUAUUGCUCCCCCCAGAGACAAUGAGACCCCAGCAGUCCCGACAACUGCUGCCCCGCAGAGGGCGCCGCUCCCGACACAGGCUCACGGCGAGCGAGAUGAGGUCCGCGCCGACGACCGCCUGGAGCUGGCCUCCCAGCAGAGCACCGAGACAGGGUCGCUGGAUGGCAGCUGCAGGGGGCCGCUCAACUCUUCCAUCACCUCCACCACCUCCACCUUGGUCCCCGGCAUGUUGGAGGAGGCAGAGGAAGAAGAUGAGGAAGAGGAGGAUGACACGCCAGAACCCAUUUCCGUAGAGGUACCCACUCUCAACAGCCGCAUUGAGUCGUGGGUGUCAAAGACCUUGGAGAACAUGCAGCUGGGAAAGAGCCAGGACAGUACAGACGAGGAAGAGGAAGAAGAAGAAGAAGAAGAAGAAGAAGAUGAUGAGGAAGAAGAAGAAGAGGAGGAGGAGGAGGAGGAGAAAGUGCAGAGCGAGGAUGAGUCAGGCCUUGUUUCAGACGCCAUCGCAGAUACCAACGUAGAGAGCAGAGAGCAGGUGGUGGCCAAGGAGGUCACGGCCUGACCUUUCCUCCUCCUCCUCGUCUUCCUCUUCUCUCUUGUCUCAUCCCAUAAAACCAGCAGCUGUUCUCCUUGCAUCUCCAUGACUCUACACCAGACGUAAUCUUACACGUAUGGCCUGAUUUACUUAAGAUUUGCGUGUGCAAACGCAGGCAAAUAGAACCUGAUGUCUUUUCCCACAUGCUUGAAUACCAGCAACAAAAUUUAAUGCAGCAUAUUGGCUAUUCAGCAACGUAAUGAUUCUCAAACGUUUUACACAAAGCAUCCUGAUUGAGCAACAUAAUAUACACGUAGUGUGAGAUCCAAAGUUUUUAUUCAAACAGAAGAAGCCGUGAUUUUAUUCCUGAAAAGUAUCAUUGUUGUCAGGCGAAAUCCUUGCAUUCCCAAAUCAUUAGUUUUCCACGAAACGAAUAACUGCCAUCUUACUUGAACACCGCAUUGUUCAACUUGGUAUUUUACCUUUGCGGUCAUGUACACGUGUGCACCAACAUCAAUGCAUUUUCAUGCAGUCAAUAACCUUUUCAAAACCUGAAUACUAGCAAUGGUCUCUUGUCAUUUUACAUACACAGAAUAACUCUGAGAAAAUGUCUGUCUCUUUAGUCUGCAAGGGUGGAAUGCGGAUGUCUCCCCUUUGGUGAGGAAUUAGCAUUUUAACAUGGAUAAAACCUUCAAAAAAUUGAUUUAGCGUGAUAUGCCUCUUGUUAUUGUCUUUAAAAAAAGAAUGCAAACUUUCAGUCCUGAGGCAACAAUGCCGCAUGCCUCAUAUAGAAACGGUGGACUUAAACAAUACUGCGUUUAAGAAUGAUAUUUUUUUUUGAAGAAAAAAAAAAAAUGCACGGGGACAGACCAAUAAUAUAAAUUGUGGGAAAAUAUGUACCGUAAUUUUCGGAAUAUAAGUCGCACCGGAGUAUAAGUCGCACCAGCCUUAAAAUGCCCAAAAAAGUGAAAAAACCCAUAUAUGUAUAUAAGUCAACCCCCCCCCACCCAAACUAUGAAAAAAAACGCGACUUAUAGUCCAAAAAUUACGGUAAGUGAACACAAACGAGGGUUCCGCCUGACCGCAACGAUAGAUUGGUGUAAGCCGUAACAUUAUGCCAUCUGUGACCACUUAAAUAGGAAAUAAAACAUUGUACCUGUGUUUGAAAGUAAAGCGUUACAAAAGAUUCAAUGAAAAUGUGUUUAAAAGUUACACCUGACUCCCACUAAACAAAUGUACUAAUUUAAAAAAAAGGUUGAAGCAAUUGUAACUGAGUUAUUAUUUCAACAUUUAAUUCAGUGUUUGUUUACAUACCGCUAGAGGAAGCCCACGUACCACUAAGGUGGCGUCAUGCCAUAUCACCUAUGACAAAGCUCAGUUCAUCUCUGCUAAAAUGACUCCAAUGCAAAAAAAUACAAUGUGACAAUUUGUUCUGGGCUCUCCUAAAGCAAUUCUGUGGUGCGUUGUUUUGCGUUUUAAGCACCAUGUUCGACAGGAUGGCAGAUACAUACCAUUCACUAAUACAUUUGUUUGCCUCGUCUACUUACACUUCUAAUUCCACCACUUCAUUUUGCACUUGUUGUGGUGCUUUCCCAAAUUUAGGUGAAAACCUUUCUUGUCUACAGGGGGCUUGAUCAGCCCCUUUUGUUCACAGCGCACUUGACCUGUGCAGGGGGUGUCCAAACUCGAUUCUCGAGGACCAGGAUAGAUACCAAGCUUUUUCGGAGCUUGCUCAUGUGCUGUGUUACUAGUGAGUCAACACGCCAUUUGGCAUCUUAGUAAAUCAGGCCCUUAAUCUCAGGCAUCUGUCAGUGCAGACCACUCGCACGCAACGGAGAGGCUCGAGGACCAAGCGGCAGCAGGUUUAUCUAAAAAAAAAAAAAAAACAAUUCAACCCCUAACCUGUAAAACUUGAAUUUGGAAUAAACCUUUGUUUCCAUGUGUCCUCAUCCCAAGUUGACAGUCUCCAAUUUUGGGGGCAAGUGUUCCGAAAAGCUUCAGAGAGCAUGUGAUUACUCUGCUCCCAAAUUCAUGGAGCGCAUUUACAGCUCUAUGUGGGGGUGAGUGUUUGUUUACAUGCACAUAGCUUACAUUUACUUUGCUGUGUUUGAGCUUUACCUUUUUUGUACAUACUGUGUUCAUGCUAGCACUUCCCCCUAAAGGAAGGAAGGAAAGAAAGGAGACACUGUCUGGAUUGCUUAACCGCUGUGUAGUUUCCCCAACAGCAUUCUCGCAACUGUGGCAGGAAGUGUUUUAUUAUCGUUGAAUAAGUGUUUCCCCCCCCAUUUUUCAUUCAGAUGAUUUAACUUCUAAGAAGCAGAACAGUAGCGUCUGUACAGUACUUGGUUGUCAGAUUGAAUUUGCUGUGUUGCUGUCAUGUCGGUAGAAACAGUCACGAUCAUGCUUUGGGCCUUUUUACCCAGCCUUGUCGUGGCUGGGUAAUGAUAUUUUAAUACGCCACAGUUGUCUCAUUUGCAAUCCAUUGCAAAGUUUUUGUUUUGUUAAAAAGCAGUUAACACCGGUGUUUAAAUUGUUCCAUUACGACUAUCACCCAGAAGACCCGUGUUUACGACAGCACGGCUGUCGUUCAGACUACUAAUGCCUUUUAACGACAAGUAUUCGAGUAAAAAACAACCAACCACUUUGUAAAGCCAUUUUAAAAUGUCAGAAGUAGAAUUGCAUUAAGUCAGUCACGUGCUUAAGUGUCACACUUUUGGAUCCGGAAUGUAUUUGUAGCUUAAUAAAAGGUACUUUGUCCACGUGGACCUUUUUGUUGCCACAUCCAUCAAAGUGUUAAUCGACAACAAGCGUGUAUUUUUUGCACUAUGUAAAUUCAGUACUAAGAAAAAGGUCUUGUGAUUUAAAAUGAGCAAAAAAAACAAAACUGAACAAAAAACGGUUCGAUGAAGUACUUUUUCAGUGUGAUGUCUUUAUAUGAAUAUUUAUGAAUCUUUCACAACUUCAUUAGCAACAUUGUAAGAGGCUGUUUCUCAUAAUCUCUAAAAUACAUGGACUGUUGAUUAACAUAAUUAAAAUGUUUAAGUAAUUCA